AUGUGGUGGUCAGCCCGCACACCGAAGCUAUGUCGCGUCAUCCUUCCAUACAACCUGGCUUUUCUAACAGACCACAAAAGGCCACCAAAACCAACAUUCAUCAAACGAAGAAUCGUCGAUAAAUUGACGAUUAAUUUAACGAACAAAUACACCGGUACAGGGGUUGGUGUCGAGAUGACCGAUACGAGGGAUGAUAAGGGUCAUCAACAUGUGAAUUAU